AACCCCCGUGACGAAACCUUGACUUUCUCCACUGUUGGAUUGCAGAAGAAGAAGAAGAAGAAGAUGAGAUCGGAGAGAAUGACUUUGGUUCUGGUGAACCUUGCAGGUAUAAUGGAGAAAGCAGAUGAGACUCUACUGCCAGGUGUAUACAAAGAAGUCGGUGCUGCUUUCCGCGCUGACCCAACCUCCCUGGGAUCUCUCACUCUCUUCCGCUCCCUUGUUCAGUCUCUCUGCUACCCUUUGGCUGCUUACCUCGCCACGCGUCACAACCGUGCUCAUGUCAUUGCUCUCGGUGCAUUUCUUUGGGCUGCCGCUACGUUCCUCGUUGCCAUCUCUUCUACUUUCUUACAGGUGGCGAUUUCAAGAGGUUUAAAUGGGAUAGGACUUGCCAUUGUUGGCCCAGCAAUUCAAUCCCUGGUGGCUGAUUCCACCGAUGAUUGCAACCGCGGCAUGGCUUUUGGGUGGCUGGCAUUAACCGGAAACAUCGGAAGCAUCAUCGGCGGUCUCUUCUCUGUUCUUAUAGCCUCAACAUCAGUCGCAGGCAUACCCGGUUGGAGAAUAGCUUUUCACCUUGUUGCUUUCAUCAGUGUCAUAGUAGGUAUAUUGGUGCGCCUUUUUGCCAAUGAUCCACACUUUCCAAACAUCAAAAGUACCGCACAUCCAAUUCCAGAGAAUAAGUCCAUGCCCUUCUCUUCUCAGAUGAAGGAACUUCUGAAAGAAGCAAAAUCGGUUAUGAGAAUCCCGUCGUUUCAGAUAAUUGUGGCUCAGGGGAUCUCUGGUUCAUUCCCCUGGUCAGCAUUGUCAUUUGCCACGCUUUGGUUAGAGCUCAUAGGGUUCUCACACGUGACAACCGGAUUGAUUUGGACUCUGUUCAUACUUGCUACUUCGUUUGGAGGGAAAAUGGGGGAUAUUCUGUCCCAACGCUUACCAAACAGUGGGAGAAUAAUGAUGUCACAGAUAAGCUCUGCUUCAGCUGUUCCUCUUGCUGCAAUAUUGCUGUUGGGUUUGCCUCAUGAUCCAUCUUCAGCCUUCAUCCAUGGUCUUGUUUUCUUCAUCAUGGGAUUGUCCAUUUCCUGGAAUGGUUCUGCAACUAACAAUCCAAUAUUUGCAGAAAUAGUUUCUGAGAAGUCCCGGGCAGCUAUAUAUGCAUUGGAUCGAUCUUUUGAGUCCAUAUUGGCGUCAUUUGCUCCUCCCAUUGUUGGAUUAUUGGCGCAGCAUGUUUAUGGUUAUAAACCCCCAAAAAGGUCGUCAGACUCAGUUGACAAAGAAAAUGGUGCAUCACUGGCAAAGGCACUCUAUACGGCAAUCGGAAUUCCCAUGAUAAUUUGUUGUUCCAUCUACUCAUUCCUUUAUUCCACUUACCCAAAGGACAGGGAGCGAGCAAGAAUGAUUGUAUUGGUAGACUCAGAAAUGCAACAGCUAGAGGGGGAAGAGAUAGUAGUAGGUGUAGAUGAUAAUGAUGAAAAGGUUUCGCUAUCUCGCUAGUUCAAGAGAUCAAGUUGUUUGAUUGAGUGCUACAAUAUUUAAGAGU